AUGGCUAGCAAGUCUCCUCUACGGAUUAUUCUCGGCGCAGCAAAUAUUGGAGAUACUUACAAAGACAAACUAGCAAAGUUUGGAACUCCGGAAGAAGUCAAAAGUUUUUUGGACUAUUUCUACGACAGAGGCUAUAAUAGUUUGGACACCGCUCGGGCCUACUCCCCAGGUGCUCGAGGAACAUCAGAGCCUCUUCUUGGUGUUGUGGGUGCUGGAAAACGCUUUAAUAUAGACACAAAGAUACUACCACAUGUUGAACAUCCCCACACCAGAGACAAGAUUGAGAGAAAUAUCAAUGAGUCCUUAGAGGCUUUGAGAGUUUCCCAAGUGGAUGUUGAGUAUCUGCAUAGACCUGAUAGAACCACCCCAUUUGAGGAGACGUGCGAAGCAAUGAACAAGGCAUAUAUCAAGGGAAAAUUCCGCAGAUUUGGGAUAUCGAACCAUACUGCAGAAGAAGUUGAGCAGUUAGUCAGGAUAUGUGAAGAGAGGGGGUUUAUCAAACCAACGGUGUAUCAAGGUCAAUACAACCCGAUUGUUAGGGGAGGCGAAAACGACCUCUUUCCAGUGCUUCGAAAGCAUGGUAUAGCAUUUUACGCUUGGAGCCCCGCAGGAGCCGGAAUUUUUGCGGGAAAGCAUAGAGAUGCUCAGCCAGGGGGACGAUAUGAUACUUCGCACCCUUUGGGCGAAUUGUACGCGAGCUGGUAUGUUAAACCUAACAUAGUAUCAGCAGUUGAUCGCGCAGUUGCAACAGCUACAAAAUUUGGAAUAUCUGGACAUGCGGCCGCUCUUCGCUGGACCCUGCAUCAUGGUAUUUUGGAUGGAAAGCACGGGGACGGUAUCAUCAUUGGGGCUUCGAGCACUACUCAAUUAGAGCAGAACCUGGACAUUGUAGAAGCGGGCCCAUUGCCAAAAGAAGUGGUCGAAGCAAUGAACGAUAUAUACUCUGAGCUUGCAGGAGAGGAGAUUUCUUACCAUUUCUAGGCUAACCCCCUUCGACCGAAGGGGAUUUUAGCUAGGUCGUGAAAAUACUCUCCGAGAUGAUGAUCAA